UAGUGAGCACGUGUCGCGCGCGUUUCAACACCCAAACUUUCUUACGUCAAUCAAUGGAUAUAACCUAAUACGCCGCGGUUUUUGUCCAAAACGACCGUAAAAUGUGAUCCUCCCGUGUGUGUUUUAAGACCAAUGUUUUACCAAUGAUGUUCGGUGACGUGUAAAGUUUGUUGUGCCAACAAUGUGACAUGUGAAUUUUACUAAUGUUAAGUAUUCGUGAAGUGUGAAUUGUUACAAAAAGGAGCGAUGAGUAUCCAGAAGUGCCUGCUGGAUAAUUCCAGUCGCAUGAUAAAGGCUAUGUCCACGACUAAGUCUACGGCUGAAGUGAAGACGAAAACUACUCGCAGUUGGAUAGAAUGCAGUUUUCAGAAGAGAGAGUGCAAGUUCUUCGUGCCGAGCGCUAAAGAUGAGCAUGUGUGUUGGUGUGGCCUCAGUAGAACAGCUCACGGGUCCAGCGUCGUAAACGCGGCGGCCGGCGAGGCGUGGGUCCCGGCGCGGCACACACAGGCGGCGCCAACAGACGCGUAUGGCACAGUCGAGUUUCAAGGUGGACCACAUCCGACGAAGGCGCAGUAUGUUCGUCUAUCACACGACACUCGGCCCGAGCUGAUAGUCCAGCUGCUGACCCGCGAGUGGCAGCUGGACCGGCCGAAGCUGCUGAUCACCAUCCAGGGGGGCAAGGCUAACUUCGACUUACAGCCGAAACUGAAGAAGGUGCUAAGGAAGGGACUCCUGAAAGCAGCGAAGACCACGGGCGCGUGGAUCUUUACCGGUGGCACAAAUACAGGUGUGACUCGUCAAGUGGGGGACGCGUUACAGCUAGAAAGGUCUCAAAGAGCUGGUCGUGUAGUCAGCAUCGGUAUCGCACCAUGGGGCAUUGUAGAAGGCGCCAGCGAGCUGAUCGGGAAAGGCAGGGAUGUGCCGUACCACGCCAUCGCUUCACCAAGGUCAAAGCUGGCAGUGCUGAACAACAGGCACGCGUAUUUUUUGCUGGUAGACAACGGUUCCGUGGGUCGAUAUGGCGCCGAGAUAGUCCUCAGGAGAAAGCUGGAGAAGUACAUCGCUGCACAGAAGCUACAUCCUUACACGCACUCGUCCACACCCGUGGUGUGCCUCGUGAUAGAAGGCGGCACGAACACAGUACGCGCGGUGCUCGAGUAUGUGACGGACACGCCACCCGUGCCGGUGGUAGUCUGUGACGGGAGCGGGCGCGCUGCUGACCUGAUAGCAUUCGUCCACAAAUAUGCAUCAGAGAGUGGAGAGCAGACCGUGCUGGAGUCGAUGAGGGACUACCUGAUCGGCACCAUCCAAAAGACCUUCGAAGUUGGGCUGCAGCAAGCGGAGUGCCUCUACGGGGAACUGCUGCAGUGCACGAGGAAAAAAAACCUGAUUACGGUGUUCAGGAUUCAGGAGAGGGCGGAAGGAGGCGAGGUGCAAGAGCUGGACCAGGUGAUCCUGACGGCAUUGUUCAGGGCGCAACACCUGUCUCCCAGCGAACAGCUGUCACUGGCACUUACCUGGAACCGAGUGGACAUAGCCAGGUCCGAGAUCUUUGUCUACGGGCAAGAAUGGCCGCCGGGUGCCCUUGACGAGGCCAUGAUGCAAGCUCUAGAACAUGACCGGAUAGAUUUCGUUAAGCUGCUUCUAGAAAACGGGGUAUCCAUGCGCAAGUUUCUGACAAUCCCGCGGUUAGAAGAACUGUACAACACCAAGAGUGGUCCCAGCAACACCCUACGGUAUAUUCUACGUGACGUGAGACCGCACCUGCCAAGAGGAUACGUUUAUACACUGCACGAUAUCGGCUUAGUCAUCAACAAGCUCAUGGGUGGCGCUUACAGGUGCUACUAUACUCGCCGCAAGUUCAGGCCGAUCUACGCGAAGGUGAUGAACAAGAGCGUUAACGUUCACCGCAACAGCGCUUCCUUCACCAGGCAUAACGCCGGCGGGUUAUCACUCAUCACUGGCUUCAUGCCUGUCACCACCGAGAUGGCGCUCUUCGACUACCCCUUCAAUGAGCUGUUGACAUGGGCAGUAUUAACGAAGCGUCACCAGAUGGCUUUGCUGAUGUGGACGCAUGGUGAGGAAGCACUGGCCAAAUCACUGGUUGCGUGUAAGCUGUACAAGGCGAUGGCUCACGAAGCGGCAGAAGACGAUAUGGAGACGGAGGUAUAUGAGGAGCUAAGGCACUACGGCAAGGAGUUUGAAAACAAAGCUCUCGAGCUUUUGGAUUAUUGUUAUCGGCAAGACGACGAUCAAGCCCAACAGCUACUCACUUGCGAAUUACAAAAUUGGUCUGGACAAACGUGUCUAAGUCUAGCAGUUGCCGCGAACCAUAGAGCCUUGCUUGCACACCCAUGCUCCCAGAUAAUACUGGCUGAUUUGUGGAUGGGAGGGCUCAGAACAAGGAAAAACACAAAUUUGAAGGUAAUUCUGAGCCUGCUGUGUCCGCUGUACAUUCUCCAACUGGAGUUCAAGUCGAAGGAAGAACUGCAGCUGAUGCCGCAGACGGAGGAGGAGCACCUUGAGAAUGAAAGCAUGGAAGACGACCGCAGCACCAGGGACCCUAAUGAUGCUGAGGCGUUGAUUGGCUCAGGGGCCGAAUGUGAAACUCGUGUCGAUCAAAAUGGAAAAGUGGGUAAAAUAGGGUGGGAGCCCUCGUACAGGGAGCUACCUGAGUACCACGCGCCAGAAGACAAGAGAAUGAGACCACUGAGGUUGAGGAAAAAGAUCUACGAAUUCUUCACGGCGCCAAUCACCAAAUUUUGGGCGGACUCGAUUGCCUAUAUAUUGUUCCUAUUGAUGUUUACGUAUACAGUAUUAGUAAAGAUGGACCCGACACCGUCGUGGCCAGAGAUAUAUUCUAUAUGCUAUAUAAUAACUUUCUUAUGUGAGAAGAUAAGGGAAAUCAUUACGUCCGAACCUGUUGCUAUUAGACAUAAGUUCAGUGUGUGGGCUUGGAAUAUGUGGAACACGUAUGACGCUGGGUUCAUCAUAUUCUUCCUGGUGGGGCUGACCCUGAGGCUGCGCACCAGCUCGAUGGACGUCGGCAGGGUCAUAUACUGCGUCGAUAUCAUAUAUUGGUACUUAAGGAUACUAAAUAUAUUGGGCGUUAAUAAGUACUUAGGUCCUCUAGUCACGAUGAUGGGUAAGAUGGUAAAGAAUAUGAUAUACUUUGUGGUGCUAUUACUGGUGGUGCUCAUGUCCUUCGGGGUGGCGCGGCAAGCCAUCCUCUACCCAGAUAAGGAAGCUAGUUGGUACUUGAUAAGAGAAGUAUUCUUCCAGCCUUACUUCAUGUUGUACGGGGAGGUUUUCGCGCCGGACAUUGACCCCGCGUGCGGGCAGGACGUCACCGACCGGAAGUGCGUCACCGGAAGAUGGAUCACGCCGGUCGCCAUGACGAUAUAUCUGCUCGUUGCCAAUAUCCUGCUCAUAAAUCUCCUGAUAGCUGUUUUUAAUAACAUAUUUAACGAAGUCAAUGAAGUCUCGCAUCAGGUAUGGAUGUUCCAAAGAUUCACGGUUGUCAUGGAGUACGAACAGAAGCCGGUGCUCCCGCCACCUUUCAUAAUAUUCUGCCACAUAUAUGCGACAUGCAAGUGGGUAACAAGAAACGUGUCGCACCAACGCUUCCAAUACGACAACGGACUGAAACUCUUCUUGGAGAAGGAGGAUAUGGAAAGACUGUAUGACUUCGAAGAGGAGUGCGUAGAAGGAUAUUUUAGGGAACAAGAAGUUAAAUUAUCUAAUUCUAUAGAGGAGAGAGUAAGGAAUACAACUGAUAGGGUAGAACAUAUCACGACCAAAAUGGAAGACUUAAAUCAGAAAGCCAACUGCCAGAUACAGUCCGUGCAGAGUGUAGAAUUUAGGUUAAGAAAGCUGGAAGACGUUACUGAGCAGACUAUGAAUCACCUAGCGGUAAUCCAUCGGUUCAUGGCCACGCAUCCAUCGCUGGUGAAUAGAGGGUCAACUGAUACUCUGGGACCACCACCACCUACCUUCCAAGCCGCUGGCAACAGACUGAGAACGGCUAGUGACAGGUCGGAGGUGCUGUCGGACAGCGACACGGGCGCCGCGCGCUUCGCCGUCCGGCCUGUGCAGGAGGAGGACGAGCGCUCGCAGCCCUCCGACGAUGAGAUGCCUCAAUCCGGCCCGGAGGCGGUAGUGGUGGAGAAGGAACCAGACGGUGACUCGGAAUCAACGUCGUCCGGCAGUGCGGCCGGACCGGACGUGACGGUCGUGAGGCAGCAGCCGGUGGCUACCCCCGCACGCCAGAAGUCUUCGGACAGCAACCGCACCGAGCCCAGCGAAGACAAGAAAGCGCCAUCCACAAAUGACGACGCAUUCUUGCCGGAAGUGCGAGAGUCGCUAGCCGACUUGCAGCCCCAGCGGCCUCGCACCACUUCCGCCGGUACUAGGCGCACAGCCAACACCAGGAGGCGGUCCGAGGGCGGCAACGACUGCGGCAUGGGCGGGCACCACUCCGCGCAGCACUUGGCGCCGCGCAGACAGCACAGCCAGACGCACUCCGAGCCGGACAACUCGGCUGUUGACGCUGGGUCGACGCACAACUCGGUCACAGGGUGGGAGGCAACGGGCGGCGCUGCGGGCCUGUCGACAACGACGGGUCGCACCCGCGUCGGUGCCACGCCACGGUCGCUACUGCUAGCGAUGCACGAGUACACCAGCAUCACCGACGAGCUGGAGACCGUGUAUGGACUGUUCUCACCUCCACACACACCCAGGACGCCUAUCACAUCCCGCCUGCUUUCACCCGCGCGGGCGGCGUCGCCAACUGCGCGCCGUCGGCACGCGAGCGAGAUGUCCAACCCCGAGUUCGCACUCUUCAUGGAGAAGGAGCACCUGCGAGGGGCCGAGGAGGACGACUACAUCAUCAUGCAGAACCUCAUCCAAAGGCGAUACGAGGAGGGCGCUGAGGCAGAGGAAAACGGGGGAGCUGGCGUCAGCAUCAGCGUGUGCGUCAACAGCGCGCCCGACGAGCCCCCCACCACCCUGCUGACCGUCAAUGACCGGCGCCUGCCGCACCAGAGACACUCGUUGAGGAGAUCUUCGGCGAUAGACAGCCGUGAGCUGCCGUCACCACUGCAGCCAUUAUUGGGGGAUGACAGUUGUGGAGAAGUCUUGCUGCCAGUGCCUAGGCAGCCGUCAGGUGACACGAAUGCAUCCAGCGAUUUAUCUUUAUCCCACAUGGUGAGCGAGAACCUUCCGCCGCGACCAUCGAUCGUGCUGGACUCGUCUCAGCUACCGAGACAGCGGUCAGCGGAGCAACCGCCCCAACCCACGCCACCUACACCGGCCCGUCCUGAAACCAUGUGCUAGAGCGGUAAUAUCUUAACCAAGGAAUGCUUAAAUAAUCCAAAGAAGAAACCUGAGAUGGUAUCGAGCGUUAAACCAAAAUGUUAAGAGCCUGCAGGCACAACAGUGUUUAGUAGUCAUAAUAAAAAUAACACCAAGCACCUUAAUGUUACCUUUUGAGAUGAAAAAUUUUCCUGUUUCGCUUUAGUAAGAAGGCCAUUUUGGAACCCCCUUUUCGAUGUUACAACUUUCUAAUGACGUACUCUGUUACUCCUGACUGUUUUUCCAGUGUGAUCUACAAUUAGACUGAAUUGAUUACAAUUCUAAAAGUAACCAUAUCUUCUUAGCCCUUGAUGUAAUCGCUGAGACUUUGGAACGCAAUAAAUAUCUUACUGAGGAAGACAUCAAGAAUCCGAUUGAAACAGAAUAUCCUUCGAAAUUGUAUAAUCCCGCUAUCUUUAUACAAAUUGACACAGUCCGAUUAUAAGCUGUCUUCCUCAUUAGUUUAAAACUAAUUAGUAUUUUGCUGUAUAUAUUUAUGCUCAGUGUCACUAUUCGAUUCUUUUUUCCUUUUAUAAUAGUAGGAGAGCCAAAGCAAGGAUUUUUGGAUUUACUCGAGCGCGGCAGAAUAAUAUAUAAGGGUGGCCUUGCACCUUGUUGAGUACUUUCGCCAUACCUGAGCCCGUUAUAUAAGAUCGACCGAUCUAGGGCAGCAAAAAAAAACAUUAUUUCAACAAUCGGCCCAUGACUUUUGAUCACGUCCAAAUCGUCUAUCUCGUACUUUACGUAAAGAUUUCUGAAGACGGAAAAAUAAUAAUCUGCCGAUUUACAUGGUGUGGGGGUACAAACCAUACUAAGGGGUAGAAAAUAGGAAAAAAAUAUGCGAAAGCGUCGGACAUUCAGAAAGGAUGUUACGCUACGAGAAUUUGACGUGACCAAAAGUCAUGGCCGAUUCUUAAUUAUUUUUUCCUGCCCUAGACGUUCCACCCUUUAUAAAUGGCUCGGGUACAGUGGGAGUACUUCAGAAGGUGCAAGUUUGCCCCACUGCCAUUAUUCUAUGCGCUCUAAUAAAGCCCAAAAUCUCGGCUUGGGCUCCUCUAAUAUAAUCGGUCCAAAGCAUUCACGUGUUUAUUCGCCGCAUAGGGCUUAUCUUCACGAGAAACUCAUCAUAAUAAUUAUAAGCAAUUUCUACGAAAUGAAAUUUCUUCGAGGAUGUUAUAGAUAUAAUCUUGUACAGGUUCUGGUGAUAUGAGAGCUAGAGGAAAGACAUACGACAAUACAAGUAUUAGUGCUCAUGAUGUAAAUACUGUUGUCAGAGAGUUAUUCAGUGGUUAAAUUAUUUGAACUGAAGUUUUAAUAAUAAUAAUAGGAUAAUAGUAGAUUUUAUCUAAUUAAAAAACGGACACACUUGUGCUAAGCCGCAUUUUGAGAUUGCAAUUCUUUUAUUUUUACAAAUUUACCGUUAAUGGAAUUGAACUUGCGGUGGCAGAGUGAGGUUUGCUUUCGCAAUAGAUACAUAAAUAUUAAGCUUAAAUUACAUUAAUGCAGUGAGAACUUUGAGCGACUAUGAAUCUUUUUAAAUAACCAACAGAACCUAUAUUAAUUGUUUUAGACAUAUCAAAGAAUAGGUUACACUAAUUUUUAGGAGCGUAUUGUGCAAUUGUUUUAAAGUAUCAAUUAUCUUACAUUUUACAUGAUUGACCAAUUUUAUUAAUGCAUACAAUAUUUAAACCAUUUUAUUUAUGCACCCUGUUAUAAUGAAUUAUAAUUUUAUUUUUAUUAUUCCUGACACACGUCCUUUAACAUACUUAAAAAUAUAUUUUUUCUAAUUUUACAGCGUUUACUUUUUGUACUUAAAUAAUUGUAUAGGACGUUUUUUUUUAUUACAAAUUAAAGUACUUACCUAUCUGUAUGAUUAUUGUUCUUCAUUCAUGUCGUUAACUUUUUUGUAAGUACUUGAAAAGACCUAAUUUUAUUAGUUCCACAGUUUCUUUCAAACAUUAUUUUAAAUUACUAUUUCCAUAAAUUAUACCUAUUGCUUUUACCUGCUUCUCUAUGUCUAAUCUGUCUGUGUACUUAUAAUAAUUAAUCUGGUACAGAAGUAUGUUUACAAUUUUCGAAAAAAUCGUGUGAAAGAAGAACAAAUGUACAGUAAUAAUAGAUAUAUUUAUAUUAAAUUUGUAUUUUAAUCUGUGAAAUAAAUAACAGUCAUCACAAUGUGUUCAACUAAACCAAAUAGAUUGUGCAAGUUAAGCAAUUAUUUUAUAUCCAACCAUAAAAUCAAGUUGUAAUGAAAUUAAUAAUAAUCUGUAUAUACCUCAGUAAUUGUAAAAAACCAGGUUUGAAAGAUCUUGUAUGAAAUUGUUCUGUAAUUUUAAUAGCCAAUGAUGCAAUAAAUGUUUUAUUUGAUAGACUUAAUUAAUGUUACUUAAACUACUUAUAUUCAUACUUUCCAGUGAUUAUGACGAUUGAUAUUGUCAGGAGCAAUAAUAAUUAUGUAUUACCUAUUAUUAAAGUAAUACUUGCUAUUUUAAGUGUCUACCUAUUACACUUUUAGUUAUUUUUAGCGAUUCUUAUAUUAUUUUUACAAUCGUUUACAAAUCAUUUACGAUUUAUAAGUAAUCGUAUAUAUCGACGAUCGAUAAUGAUUUUUGAACUUGAUAUUUGAAAUAAACAUGAAGCAUUAUAAAAUUAAAUAACUAAUGGAGGCACUCAGAGGCUCCAAUUAGUUUGAUUUAAAUUGAUGCUGUCUAAUUCUUUGCGAUAGCAAAAGAAUAAGAUAACCCAUCACUUUUACAAACAAUAAAUUUAAUUGAUGUCUUUGAGUAAGGUAGUGGCACCAAUGAGCGCCAUGGCAGGAACCAAUAAUCGAAGUUUUUUCUGUGAUAAAUGAAAGUAAUAGGUGACCGAUUAAUAAAUGUGGUAACACCGUGCGUCUAUAGCUCGCUCAGUAUUACCAUUUUUAGAGAUCAGUUGCUUGUUUUUGUUUUCAUUGUCACGGAAGGAAAUAACGAUCAUUGGUUCUUUCUCGGUCAUUAUUUCUUUGUCGAUCACUGGUGCCACUACCUUAUACUUGUGACAGUUGCUUAGAAGCAGUAAUGACCCUCUUGCAUUGCUGCUAUAGAUACAAUAGAAAAUUUUAGACCUCUCGUUUCAUUCAUAUCAAAGAUGCUCCUUAAGCACAACAUAUGUAUCAUUAUUAAAAAUAUAUCUUCGAAUCAUCUUUCGACUUAUAGCACAAUAUUUUAAUUAUAUUUACCUAUUGAAUUGCCCUUAUUGGGAAACUUAUGUCUAGAUUUGAUUCAUCUAUUUUCCAGAGUGAUAGUUCUACUUCGUCUGUGUUAUGUAAACAUAUGUACAAUAAAACAAUAAAAUAUAUUUGUGAUA